AUGAUAUCUUUCAAAUCUUUUUCGGGAAUUCGAUCAAAUAAACGAUUUCUUCCUAACUUUCUGCUGUGGACCAUCCAUUACUUUUUUUAUAGCCUUCUUCUAUUUAAUUCCAUUGCAGAACUUCAGCCAAAUAUUAAGCUUGCUACUAAAAUUCUGCCAUAUAAUGAGUGGUACAUGGUAAGUAUGGAACCAUCUGGAGAGAAUGAAGACGAUGCCAAUAGCCCUGUAAAACCCUUCGAGUUUACUCGUGAAUCGCUCGAAGCACUUGACAAAGAUGCGCUGGUUGAGAAACUAGUAUCCCUGGUCGAUCAGCUAAAUGAGACCAAGGAUCGAGCGCAAAGGGCUACACGACGAGAAUAUUUGGCUCGUUUGCAAGCUAUACAAAGGGAGCAGAAAUUAAGUGAUCUCAUGAGAGAACGAAAUGAUGCAUUCUACUGCAAUGGCAAUACACGUCAGCAGCUACUUGAUCCGUUUUAUUACGAACCAUACAUAUCUAUGAAGGAAAAAAUGGCAGCUCGAGAUAAAACGAUUGCGGAACACGAAGAAACAAUCAAUACGUUGAAGUGCAGUGAGGAUAUGAAGUUACUUCACAAAUUGGUGAAAUCACGUGAGGACUUUUCCAAGAAGUGUCGCGACUAUGAGUACAACGUCUAUAGAAGAUCGUCACUGCAUAAUAACUUGAAUCUAGCAAACUCAGCAUUACAUGCUGUUGUGAAAGAGAAGAAAGGAAGUCCACAAGAACUCGUCGAAAAGGAUGCAAAUAUCGCUGAUUUGUACAAGGAAAUUUAUCAGCUGCGUGACGAACUUUCGGAAGAUGUGGUGUUUGAUGACAUAGAUCUUGAAGAAGAUGCGAAACCAGAAAUGAACCAUUCUGUUCACGAUGAACUGGAAAAGAAACCCCAGUCGGAUACGGUUCCAACUGAAGAUGAUAACGAUGUGGUUAUUUUGGACGAUGUGGGUGCAUAG